UACAGUUUAAAGUGUGCCACACUGUAUUAUGAUUUUAUUGUUACAAUAUUUUUACUAAUAAUUUAAAGGUAACAUGGUGAAUACACUAUUUAAUUUUUUAAACCUUUUAUUACAAAGAUAAGCAAACAAUAACAGUUAAGUAAAGACCUUAUCGUGGACUUUACCUAGAUUGCAGACAAGGACUUAAAAAGUCUUGAGAUAAUAUCUCACUUAUCUUCGGUCAUAACUCAGUGAUAAGGAGUAAAACUUUAAACUUCUCACACUUCAUGAAAAUGAGGAAUUUAUUUCGAAAAGGAAAAAGAGUUUUAUUUGGAUAUCUUAUAAUAAUUCUUGCAGUCUUUGCAGUUAUAGAAACUCUUCUGGGAAAUUUCUACAGAAUAAGUCCACUCUCAUUACCGGAGUCAUAUUUAACACAACCAAUGACAAGAAUCAAGUCUAGAAUAUAUCCAACUACCACACAGCAACCAAUUAUAGCUGCAUCAAGAAAUAAAAUCUUCAAUAUACCAACCAAACCAAAAUCACACGGCACAAUAAAAUAUCCGACAAAGCCAACCCACAAGACAUUGUCUAACAAGAUACAGUCUAACGCAUCUACUUUCAGAGGAGCGACUUGGAACACAAAGGAUUUUCAUAGAAAGACUAUUGACAAAAACUGCACUGUGCUCACUGACGCGUCUAAUAUAAAAACUCCGUUCAAGUUUUAUAUAUAUGAUUUACCGGCAAAAUUCAAUUACGACAUUCAAAGGCAUUUUACUGACAAUAAAAAGUUCUCAUUUUGUUACAAUUUAGAUUUCUGUGGCAUGGGAGAAGAGUUGUAUCAAUUAAGUGAUAAUGACAAAACUCCAAUUGAUGAAUCUACUGGAGAAAAAGGCGGACAGAGAAGUGUUAGAAACACUCAUCAGUUUGCGUUGGAAACUGUGAUUCAUUACAAAUUAAUGCACAGUCCUUAUCGUACUAAGGAUCCAAAUAAAGCGGACAUGUUUUAUAUACCAGCUUACACUGGACUGAAGUGCCUCAUCUUUGAUCAUGAAUCCCACGCUUUUAUAAAUGAGCUAUUUGAAUAUUUAGAAGCUAAUGAAUCCAACUAUUUCAAUAGCAGUUUACGUAAACCUCACUUUUCAACUAUUUCAAAAAUACAAAGAGAACAAGCUUCUGAGUACUGUCCAUUGUUACGCCAUCCUAAAACAAAAGAUAUUACAUAUUUUGCAAUAGAGAAAGAGUCAAAUCCAAACUGGUACAGAAGCAAACAAAUUUACGGAAGAUCAAUAAUCGUAGCACCGUAUCCGUCUUAUGUACAUUUUCUUAAUCACGAUAAAGACAAAACGUUUAUGGACUUUCAAAGGGGACUUAGAAAACUUAAUGAAAGUAAGUUUAAACUUAAGGUUCCACAAUUAUCUGAGAGAAAUGUAGUUCUAUUUUUAGCAGCUGGUACACGGCGGAGUAAUUUUUUCAGGGCUCAAAUUCUUGACCAAUUUUUAGUGCAGACUGAUAAAGGGCCUGACGAAUUUUACAAAAAUGCUACAAAUAAUUCACAGAUAAAAACAGAACAGAUCAUGCUUAGAACUAGUGAAUGCUCCGUAAAACAUCGCACCACAACAAUUCCGUGGAUGGAGAAAUCAGUAUUCUGUUUACAGCCACCAGGCGAUUCACCAACACGAAAAUCUAUCUACGACUCAAUACUUAGCGGAUGUAUCCCUGUUUUAUUCACAGACAAAUAUAAAACAGAAUACCCUUUUCAACACUAUCUCGAUUAUGAAAGUUUUACAUACACCAUAGAUGAAAAAUUGAUUAGCCGCUAUAAUAAAUCAGUGAUUGACAUCGUGAAAGGAAUUUCUGAAGAGAAAACUAAAUAUCUGCAUGACAAUCUUUUGCGUGUUUCAAAGUGGUUUCAGUACAGUGUUCCGAAUGAUGAUGUUUUAUUGGAAGAUGAUGCAGUUACUCUUUUGCUUGAUGAAUUAGCAAGUCAUUAUAAUAUAACUAAUACUUUAUAAUUAAAACUUUCA